AACGGGUGCUGAUUUGGGAAAUGUUCGAGUGACAUCAGAUUCCAUAACCAAUGAGUAUUUAGUAUCCCUGUCUCAGAUGGAAUAGAAAACAAGUACGUAUACAGUGAUAAAAUGUAUCAACUUAUUAUAUGAAAGGGAAAAGAAUAUUGGAUUAAUUUUCCUGUACGUCCUCAAAGCUGCUUCACUUCCUCGUGCCCACGCAGCAACGCAGCAAUCGGUUCUCACCACCGUCCCUGCAUACGUGCCUCGCUGAUGAGAAAAUGUCACCUGAGGUCGUACGUGUCGAGCUUGAGCGAGGAAAACUAUCUAAGCGCGGUUCAAGGGUUGCGUGUCAGUGGGUGGAGGUGGCUGUGUUGUGUGGUGUGAUGACGCUGGGUGUGUUGUGGCUUAUGCACCAUCUUGCGGCACGUUGCCACACGCGGUCACUGGACCACAGAGUUGAGGCAAGACAGGCGACACUGAGGACACAGCAGAAUGAAAUACUCAAAAUCAGUUACUCUUCUUACUGGUCGUUGGAAGAUGACAAGUAUUCGAGGAUGAGUAGAGUAAGAGGAGCAAUGUCAACGGUUUAUAGAUACAAUAAUACCACUCCGCAUUCUCUCAGCGUUGACCCACAGGAGGAAACGCCCGCUCAACGCCUACACCGACUGCUGACGCACCCAACUACCUCCUGCAGGAAGCUGAUCCGAGUGGGCGGUCGAUCCUGCCUAGGUGCUUACGAUGGUUCAAAACUGGUGUGCCUGGAUGAGUGGGCCGGCCUAGUUCCUCAAGACUGCCUGGUGUACUCCUUCGGGAUCGGCCACGACUUCACCUUUGACGAACAUAUGCAGGACUUGGGCUGCGAGGUUCAUGCCUUUGACCACGACGCGGACCACGAGCACUACGACUACCGCUUGGGCCCCACUGCCUUCUUCCACAAAGCCCGCAUCGGUCCGGAGACAGGAUACAUGAGGUCCUGUGACGGUGACGAGUGCGACCCUCUGAUCAACUAUCUCACCCUCGCGGACAUUACCAAGUCCCUCGAUCACGGUGGCCGGCGUCUCUCCUAUUUGAAAAUGGAUAUUGAGAGUGAGGAGUGGCCGGUGCUAAGCCAGAUCCUGCAGCACCACCACUCAUCUGCCACCCUCGGAUCUACUGCUCAGCUUUCUUUAGAGAUCCACAUAGAGCUUCAUGGCAAAACACUUAGCGAGAAGAGGGCCCUGAUAACCUCAUGUCUAGCUAUCCUGGAGAAUCUUGCAAAUCUGGGUUUCAAGUUGCUGACGUACGAGGAGAAUGAGCUCAACCCUCAAUACGAGGACAUCGAUGGAGCUCACUUGGGACUAUAUGCAGAGAUCCUCCUCUUACGCACCAACCACAACCACCCCUUGUUAUAGUCACACUUACGGAGGCCAUAAAAAAAAAAAAAAAAAAAAAAAAAAAAAAAAAAAAAAAAAGGGAGAAUAACAUGUGGGAAGGUGAUCCAAAAGUAACUGCCUUAAUCUAGUGGGGGUGGAUUCAUUAGUUUAAAAAAUAAAGCACUUGGCUAGCACCUUAUGUUUGGUUGUUAAUUAAUUAAUUCUUACUAGAUGUCAAUAUAAAAAUUACCAAGGCACUAAGGCUGUAGUUUCUUUUUUCAAUUAAUUUUAAGCAUUUGCAAGGUAUGCUGGGUUAGAUAGACAAUUGCCUUCUUGCAAGUUCAUUCAUUUACAGCAGCACAGGAAUUGUAAAGACCAUAGUAAUUCAAUUAUUUACUUGGAAAACUUAUAUAAACUUCACACCAUAAAAUACUUACACCCAUAACUAGACUGUAUGAAGUUCUCAGGUCAUGAAGGACUAAGAAUGUAAACAAGGUAAGGCAUCUAACAAGGAUGGAAGUUGCUCUUUACACCCUACCUGUUCAUACAUUAAUUACACAAUUUUGAACAUGUCAUCUAAACCAUUUUCUUUGCCAAACCAAAUUCUCAGAACUGGAAAGAUUGCUACCAGACAAGAAUCAAGACUCAUUACCCAUCUUUACAAACUCGAGCACAAGUCGUAAAGCUAAGUGUUAACCUUCUGACUAGGGAAAUGCACCUUCGCCCUUCCAAGGUUAAUUUGGUCCUACACUACUAUAGCAUUGGAGAUUUCCCAUAUAGGUAGGUAGUGCUGUCAUUAAGUCUUACUUUUCUUUCAUAUAUACUUUUUACUUAAUAUCACUUGCAAACUACUAAACAAGACACCCAAUAUCUGUACAUUGCAUGAGAUGAAGAGAUGGCACAACAAAUCAAGGGAGGACAUAUUUUAAUCCUACAAAAUCAGAUCUAUACUUAUUAUACCCAAGAGGAAUGAAAUAACCUCAUGAUCAUCCAGACUACCAAACAAAUCUUUCCACAACUAUUUACAAUAUAUAAAUUCCAAUGCCAUAACACUUAUGACAACUUUAUAUAAUGUUGACCAUUAAAUGAUGUUGGAAAUUUAAUCAUGCCACCCUGUGCUAAGUGAGGAAAGGGUAGUCUUAAAUUACCACAACCAAUGCUAGUAGUUGAAUAGGCAGAAGCGAGUAAUCUUCAUAGACACUGCUUAGUGCAGUUUUCAGCUGAAUUAAAAUUUUUUUUUUCAUCACAAA